AUGUUUAGGGUCCUAAGUGCAUUGAAAGGUUCAAAAUCUCCAUCUGGAGAUGAUAAAGCUGAUGCAAACAAGAAAACCGGAGAGGUCUUGACCCAGGUUAAAGAUUUCGAGGUUGCUUUACGUGCAAUGGACUACGUUCUUGACGAUAGAACUACAAAGGGACUGGCCCUAUUACAGGACCAAGCAAAGACCAGCUCGGAUCAAACUAUCAAUGUCCUUGCUCAAGGCGUUAUUGAGUUUUUAGAAGCUACUUUAAGUUUUGAGGUUAAUGAAAUGAAGAAGGCAUCGGAUACGUUGGCCAAAGCUGAACAAUUAUCUUUGAAAAGUAGGCAAGCUCACCAGAAGGCAAAUUUAAAAUCAAGUUCCUAUUAUCCAGCAGGAACUGUUUAUGCGGUUACUUACACGGAAUCUCUACUACUGCAUGCGCUACUGAUGUUAUUUAGUGAAAGUAUGAUGGAAGCCGCUAAAGCUCUAUUGAAAUUGAGAAAAGCCAAUUCUAUGUUGCAUGAAAUCAUGGGGUUGGUUAAAGAUGCUGAACACAAGAAAAAACAUCGUUCACAAUCAAAAUCAUCUUUACCGGUAUCUUCUUCUAAUGAGGGGUCUGAGAAGAGCAGUGUUUCUUCAAAUAAUACUAGUUUAGCCACUUUCGAUAUCCCUGAAGAUUUCGCUAGCGUCGAUCAUCUUGAUGGUGAGGUCCUCAAAUUGGCUGCAAAAGUCCACGACAUGAGAUUACAAAGAUUAGCUGGUUCUCAUAUCGGUAAUUCUCCCGCUGCUAACAGAUUGAGAACAGAGUUGGGUCUUGACGCUUUGAAAGAACUCUCUCGAGAUAAAAUUACUGAGCAUACCUGCAUUUUCGAAAACUUAGAUGGUACACAACCUACCAUUGACGAAUACAUCCAUUCUGGGGCUAAAUUAUGUUUUGGUAUCUUACAAGUUGUUCUAUCGUUGCUACCACCCACUAUUGGUGCAGUUUUAUCAAUUGUCGGGUUCCGUGGUUCUCGUGAAGAAGGUUUAAGGCUUAUUUGGGAUGCUACUAGAGAAAGAAACAUCCAUGGUUGUAUUGGUCUCUUAGCGUUGAUGUUUUAUUAUGAUGGACCGUUCCAAUUUACUGAUGAUGAUUUCGAUAUUCCCCCAGUUUCCAAAUCCGGUGGCAUCAAAACUAGCGAAGAUGAACUCAACAGUUUCACUCUUCUACAUCCGGGAAAAUUAUUGGAAAAUGCAUUAUUACAGGCCAGAGCUCUUUUCCCCAAUAGUGCCCUGUGGUUACUUAAUGAAGCCAGAAUGCUGUCAAGUGAAGGACGUUUAAAGGAAGCUGUAGCUCUUAUGGAUUCUAUUGAUAUCGAAAAAAUCCACAUGAGACAGGUGAAAAUCUUAAUGAUGUUCGACCGUGCCAACACUUUAGUACAUUUGCAUGAAUACGAGAGAGCUGCAGAAGAGUUGCUUGCACUAGUCAACAUAAGUGAUUGGUCACACGCCUUCUACACGUAUUUCGCAGGUUGUUGUUAUUUGGAAGAAUAUAGAAUGUGUGAAUUAAAUAUGGCAGAUCGUCCUGAAAAGAAAGAUUACUACAAGGAAAAAGCCAUUAAAUUAAUUUUUGGCGCACCAGAAUACUUGGGUAAGAAGACAUUCAAAUCUAAAAAUUUACCUCUAGAUAGAUUCAUGUUAAGAAAAGUGGAACAAUUCAAGAAAGUUCAAAAGAAGUUGAAGCUGGAGAACCCACUUGACGCAAUUGCCACGUCACCAAUUCAUGAAUUAGUUUAUUUCUAUAACGGUUACAACAGGAUGACAAAAGAUGGCCUUCAAAUGACAAAGAAGCUAUUGACAGAAUAUCAUAAUCCAGCAGUUGAUUUACACGAAAAGAGCCAAGAAUUAGUCAGGGACUUACUAUUGUCUUUAACUUUACGUAGACUUGGUGAAGUUGACGAAGGUUGUAAAUUGUUAGAUGAAAAAGUCUUACCCCUCAUUAUUAAUAUUCAAAAUGGGAAAGUCAAAUACGUUAAGAGGAAUGACGAUCCAUGGGCUUACCCAACAGCUUUAUAUGAACGUGCAUUAUUCAAUUGGAAGAUAAACGGUUUAGGUGACUUAAAACAAUGCAGAGAAUGGUUACUUAGAGCCCAGAAUUAUUAUACAGACGAUUAUGAGUUAAGUACUCGUGUAGGAAUGAAGAUUAAAGCCGCAGUUGAUAGAGUGGAACAAUCCUUAUAG